ACGGCGGGCGCUGAUUGGUUGUGAGAGCGGAAGGCGGGCCUAACCGGGAGAGCGGCGGGCGCUGAUUGGUUAAACGGGGGCGCGGCCUAAGCCGGAAAGGGGCGUGGUCUCGGUGAUGCCGAAGCGCGGGAAGAAGGAGGAGGCGGCGAAGGACGGAGAGGGGGUGCCCCCCAAGGUGCCCAAGGCUUCCCCCGCCCCCCAGUACGAGGACCCCCCGCUCCGGGAGGAGACCCCGGGGGGGCGGCGCUGGACCCUCAAGGUGACCUCGUGGAACGUCGACGGGCUGAGAGCCUGGGUCAAGAAAGGGGGGGCCCAGUGGGUGCAGGAGGAGGCCCCGGACGUUCUGUGCCUGCAGGAGACGAAAUGUGCGGGUCCCUCCGUGCCCCCCGAGGUCCGGGGGCUGCCGGGGCUGCCCCACCAGUUCUGGGCCAGCGCCGAGGGGAAACCCGGAUACAGCGGGGUGGGGCUGCUGACCAAGACUGAGCCCCUCAAGGUCACCUAUGGCAUAGGAGCCCCCGAGCACAACUCGGAGGGCCGGGUGAUCAGUUCCCAAUCCCCUCCCAGUC